UCAGUUAUAUGACACUGUGUCUGCUGCGUUUGCUGUCAAAAUUAUCUGUUCACGCAUGUCGUGUGUAAUUAAUAGGAGUAAAGUCACACGUAAAUGAGCGAGCAAAUAUGAAGUAAAAUGACUGUUUGAACGUAUCUUGUUACUUGACAUGUUAAAAAUGCGAUAUUAACCGGAUUUUAUAACAUUUUUUACUUUAACUAUGUUUUGAAGAAAAAUGCCAUCAGAAACAAAUGCCAUGGGCAGUGUUUCCAAGCAAGAGGAUGAUGCUGAGAAAUCUAAUGAACAGUCUGUUACAUUAAGGACUUUAAAUUCUACAAUUCAAGAAGUAACAAAUGCAUCAACAAAUCAUAUUAAUACUCAUGUAGCAAAUGUUAAUAGGGAUAAUAUACCUGUAUCAGAUAUCAGAACUAAACAUGUACACUCAACUGGAAAUGCAGUCUCAUUAGCCACUGCUAGCUCUAUAGCAAAAAGUGAUUCGCUGGAAGUGGAGACUUUGUGCCACAAAGAUAUGACAAAUUCAAAGGUUGACGAUGAAGGUGACGAGUAUGUAUCAUUGGAUAUUACAAAUGCAGUGGCUAAACAAACUGAAGGAAAUAACAAUAAUGCGAAUAAAAAAUCAAUUGUCCUUGCUCACAAAAAUCUGUCCAGAAAGAAAUGCUUGCUAGUGGAAAAUAUUUCUGAAAUUCAUCAGAACAUCUUAGAAUUAACGACACAUUCUGACAGUCUCUCAGAUGAAGAAGCUUGUGGCAAAAGUACACUAAUGGAGUCUGAGGGAAGCGACGAUACUAUUGCACAGUGUGAAUUUCAAGAAAAUGCGGAUAAUUCAUGUAAAAAUGGGUCUAAUAAUGAUAUGUCAGACAUGGGACAUAAAUCAGUGAACAACACGGUGCCAUUAUCAUGCAAAGUAUCCUUAAAAGACGACGGUCCCGUUAUGUACCACAGUCGACUAACGAGCAUAUUGUUAAAAACGUCUAGCGAAAACAACGAAGAUGAUGAUAUACAUAGCGACGCGAAUUUAUUAACAGACGGGUUAGCACCUCUUCCUUCGCACGCAUUCAAAGAACCGUCAAAUUCGCAAAGUGUUUUAUCGACACAUUACAGCGACGCGACUGACGCUGUAGUAUCUUCAAGUACACUGGACAAUAAUAAUAAGAUUAGAAAUUCGCUAGAAGAUACAAUCGACGGGAACGAAGCGGCUGUUUUACCCGAGCACGUUCGCAAGGAAAUGUUGACGUCGCGAGACGCGGCGUGCACAUUGUCGCAUUACAAUGACACCGCGAGCACAAGCAAGCCGUUCAAACUGCCAAUUUUAGAGAAGAUGCACAAAACUGCCAAUGCUCAACCAGCUGAGAUCGAGGAAAACGCAGUAGCGCUCUUAGAAUCGUCAUUCUCCAGGCAAGAUCAGUUGGAGGAAGUGCGUUGUUUAGACCUGGAGCCACGUUCAUCGAACAGCAGCGAAGAGAGCAAUUCGGACAUGGAGUCUCAGCAUGCGAGUGUAAGCCGUAAUGACGUGAAGAAGAGGCAGUGCAGGCCCAAUGGAGUUGUGACGCAGGAAGGAGUGGAGUAUUAUCAGCUGUGGCGCAGCAGAGGUGGACUGUCGUCUCCGGAAUCCUUAUAUGAGACCUUGUACCCGAUGCCGCCGCCGCUCCCACCGAGGGCCGCACAUCGGCCGUUGCAUCGAAGCAACGCUUUACCAAGCGGCGCGCCGGAAUUACCUAAAAGACAUUCUCAAAGACACCCUACACCGCUGCAUCCCGAGGAUUGCUUCGGAUUCGAGAUUGUGGACGUUGACGAGGCCUCGAACCUUAAGUUGAGGACAGCGGUCACGAAGAGCAUCGCGUUAUUGAGCUCGCCAAGAUCGCACAGACAACGAGAGAGACCAGAGGCAGGGUCAGGACCAGGACCAGUACCGGGACCGGGACCAGGACCAGGAUCAGGACCACCGGGGCCGGAAUCGAUACUGGCUAAUCAGUUAGAGUGCCCACCAACGCCAACGCAUCGACCCAAACCUCUCUGUCCGUUGCCUGUGUGCCAAACGUCAAACGUGUCGUUAUCUUCGGAAGAACCGCUGCCACCAUCAUGGGAAGCCAGGAUCGACAGUCACGGUCGAGUGUUUUACAUAGAUCACAUUAAUCGCACCACGACAUGGCAGAGGCCGACACGGUUGACGACGCGCAACACCGGCUGUGAUCUACGACGGCAACAAUUGGACAGACGUUACCAAAGUGUACGACGCACGAUCUCGCGCCCCGACAACAUCGACCGCGAAGCCCACAACUCGAACGCGAACGGCAAUCACUUCGAGAACGCCAGCGAACGGACUGCGGGCGAGCGUAUCGACAGGAGCGAGCCCGAGCCGUUUGACAUCACCACGAUACCGCCAGUGUUGUUCUUGACGCGGUCCGACUUCUUCACCGUGCUGCACACCAACACGGACGCAAUGGAAGUAUACAAUCGUAAUCCGAGCUUGAAGCACAUGAUCAGCCGAGUCCGAAGAAACCCGUUGAUUUUCCCGAGAUACGAGCACAAUAGGGACCUGGUCGCCUUGAUUAAUUACUUCGCUGACUCGAGCAAGGAGCUCCCACGAGGCUACGAGUCGAAGCUCGAUAGAACAGGCAAGAGAUUUUUUAUAUGUCAUGCUAGAAAGGCGACGUCCUUUAUCGAUCCACGAUUACCUACCGAAGCUGCUCACGUACGAACGUUGCUGGACGAAGCUCCCGUACCGCCGCCUAGACCGCAGCAAUCGUCCGUGACCGCUAUGCCCGACAUACCUGUGGCCUACAAUGACAAAGUAGUUGCUUUCCUACGUCAGCCUAAUAUAAUGGAUAUCCUGAAGGAGAGACAUUCCGCAUUAGGGCAGAAUAUCGCGCUGCGAGAGAAGGUUAACACUAUAAGAGUCGAGGGGACUACGGCGUUGCAGAGAAUGGGUCACGAUGUUCCAUUGGCGUUGUUACUGAGUUUAUUCGAGCAAGAGAUAAUGUCGUAUGUACCUGGCAGCAUGGGUAGAUCUCCGCUCGGUAGUCCACACGCAUCGCCCGGCUUGACGAGGGCAUCCGCCAGAGCGCCCGCACCGUAUAGAAGAGAUUUUGAAGCUAAGCUCCGGACGUUUUACCGAAAGCUGGAGAGCAAAGGCUACGGACAAGGGCCGGGUAAAUUGAAAUUGCACAUCAGGAGAGAACAUUUGCUUGAGGAUGCUUUUACGCGUAUAAUGGCUGCGUCGAAAAAGGACCUGCAGAAAGGUAAACUGGUGGUGAUUUUCGACCACGAAGAAGGCUUGGACUACGGCGGGCCGUCUCGAGAAUUUUUCUUUCACUUAUCGCGUGAGCUGUUCAAUCCUUAUUACGGAUUGUUCGAAUAUUCGGCCAAUGAUACUUAUACAGUGCAAAUUUCACCAAUGUCGGCCUUCGUGGAUAACUAUCACGAUUGGUUUCGAUUCUCGGGCAGAGUUCUAGGUCUAGCGUUAGUCCAUCAAUAUCUGCUUGAUGCGUUUUUCACCAGGCCGUUUUACAAAGCACUCUUGAGGAUACCGGCAAGUUUGAGUGACCUUGAGAGUUUGGAUCAGGAAUUUCAUCAGAGUCUAAUGUGGAUCAAAGAGAAGGACAUAAGCAUCGAACCGUUGGAGUUGACUUUCUCGGUAACAGAGGAGCUGCUGGGACGAGUCGCCGAGCGCGAGCUCAAGCCAGGCGGUAGAAACAUCGCGGUCACCGAAAAGAACAAGAAGGAAUAUCUCGAGAGAGUGGUACGUUGGCGUCUGGAGCGCGGUGUGGCCGAGCAAACGGAAUCGUUGGUUCGCGGUUUCUACGAAGUGGUAGAUCCACGCUUGGUGUCGGUCUUUGAUGCUCGUGAGUUGGAAUUGGUGAUCGCCGGUGCGGCUGAGAUCGAUCUGAAUGAUUGGCGGACGCAUACCGAGUACAGGAGCGGAUAUCACGACGCGCAUCCAGUAGUGGAAUGGUUCUGGAGCAGCAUAAGUCGGUUCACCAAUGAGCAACGUUUGAGACUACUGCAGUUUGUUACCGGCACUUCAAGUAUUCCGUACGAAGGAUUCGCGGCGCUGCGAGGUUCUACAGGACCGAGGAAGUUCUGCAUCGAGAAGUGGGGAAGGCCGAACAGUUUACCAAGGGCACAUACAUGUUUCAAUCGCUUGGAUCUUCCACCUUAUCCUACGCCUGAAAUUUUAUACGAGAAGUUACUGUUGGCCGUAGAGGAGACGAAUACAUUCGGAAUAGAAUAAAGCAAGACACAUUGAAUUUAUAAUUAUAAAGAAUUUGUACAAUCGAGUUAUGAUGAUGGGUUGCACUCUCUUUUAGGAAGAAUAGGACAAGAUUUUGUAUAUGGGCCUAACAGCUUACGAAUUAUGCGGUUCUCUACUAAUUCGACUUAUUCAAAUCGGAUAUGUAAAUAAUCGAACAAUUUUGCAGCUUCGUAAUUUUUCUCGAGGCUUUCGGUUUCUCUCUUUCUCUCUCUUUUUCUCUUGAGAAAUGUACACAUAAUUUAUUGAAAUAACUUAAGAAAUUUUUUCUUUAAAUCUUUUACAAAUCUCUAUAACGAAUUGUAGUUCGUGUUCCGUUCAGCGAACAAAGACACAAUGUAUGAGAAUUUUGGACCACAGGUUAAUUUUUUUACAGGUUAAUUUUUUUUUUUUUUUAGUAUCCUUGGAAAUUAAUCCUGCGCGAAUUUUAAUUUCCAUGUCUUAUGAUUAUAUGCUUUAGUGCGGACAUUAUUUAUCCGCAACAAUUAGAGCAAGGCUGUUUCCAUAACGGCCAUUCAGCUUCAUUAAUAAAGUUGUAAGGAUAUCCUGUCUAGGACAAUCGACGAAACACAAAACGAAUUAAUUGGUAUCUUCCUGUGCAAGUCGGACGCAAAUAAAGGAACGAAUCCUUAUUGAAUUGG